ACAAAUAACACUUCCUACUCGUUUUCCAACGCCAACAUUCUUCGGUAUAUCCUAGCUUCGUGUCCGAACCAAUAGCCUCGCCGAUGUCGGACCCACAAAAUAUUAGUUUCGCUUGCCUCGUUCGCAAAGAUUCUUGACCACCGAAUCUCAGGUUCGGAACAAGCGAAAUUUUCCCGCUCAUUGGGGACACGACAAGACAACAGACACUCUAUUUCUCUCUCUCUUUCGAGUUCACUUGUUAGCUUAGCAUAGUGGAGAAAAGGAAGAGUUUUUUUUCUUCUUAUAAAGCUUAAAACGCACACUUCUUUCAUUUGCUUCUCCUCUCUUUGUUUCUCUGUUUUAGACAUGGCAAGGUAAGCUCAACGAUCGUCUGGAAAUUAGUUGCAAGAUUAUCGAAAACACAUGACCGAUUACUUCUUUAUUUAAAGAAAAUUAUCGUUAGGUCAUUUGAAAUACUGGAUGCUGAGAAGUCCACGAAAAGAAUCCAACUUUUUUUAUGAUUGUUAUUUUUAUUCUGGUUUCUGGGGCUUGGCUUAUCGAUAGUAAAACAAUUGCAAGUAAAGUGAAAAACCCCACUCGAACUUCUGCUUAUCAAAUUAAAGACUGUGGAGCUAAUCGUGAUUGCCCAAAUUGCCAUCAUCGCAUAGACAACAGUGAUGUUUCUCAUGACUGGCCUGGUCUGCCUGCUGGUGUUAAGUUCGAUCCGUCUGAUGCUGAGCUCCUAGAGCAUUUAGCAGCAAAAUGUGGUAUUGGAAACUCAAAAUCACAUGCAUUCAUUGAUGAAUUCAUUCCAACUCUGCUCGAGGACAAAGGAAUUUGCUAUACCCACCCAGAAAAUCUUCCUGGUGCUAAGAUAGAUGGAAGCAGCGUCCAUUUUUUUCAUAGAACAAUUAAUGCUUAUGCUACCGGUCAAAGGAAGCGCCGCAAAGUCCACAAUGAACAUGGUUCAAAUGAGGAGCAUGUUCGCUGGCACAAAACUGGCAAAACUAAACCUGUGAUGGAAAAUGGAAUUCAGAAGGGGUGUAAGAAAAUCAUGGUUCUCUAUAAAAGUUCAAAGAAGGGAACCAAGCCUGACAAAUCUAAUUGGGUAAUGCAUCAGUACCAUUUAGGUACUGAUGAAGAUGAAAAGGAAGGGGAAUAUGUAGUUUCUAAAAUUUUCUACCAACAGCAUAAGCAAAUCGACAGUAAUGAUGAUGUUCCUAUUGAAGAUUGUGAUGUCUUGGCACUGCAAACUAGUCCCAGAACUCCUAAUCCAAAUCCUCCCAAUCCGCCACGACCAGGAAAAUCCGGUGCAUGUGAUGAUUCUGUUGAUGAUAAUAUAUUACGGUCAUGUGUUCAGGGAGAAGAGAAGGUUAAAGGAGAAUACGAUGUGCCUGUACAUGCAGUUCAGCCUGAGGAUGAUGUAGGAUACCCAGAAUGGUUAGCUGGAGAAUCUCAGGCUGUAGAAAACACUGAUUUCAGUGGCAUCGAUGAUUCUCUCUUAUGCACAGAAAUUUUCAAUUCUUCAUCCCUGUUUUUCAAUAGUUCAGGACUACAUAAUGUCUCAUAUACUGGUAUUGCUCAAAGUACAAAUCAAGUUACUGGGAAUAAUAAUGCACCCUGUGGAAUCGCUGAGCUUGAGAAUUUGGAACUGGACACACCACCAGAUUUCACACUUAGCGAUCUGCAGAUUAGUUCUCAGGAUAGUAUCUUUAGUUGGAUAGACCGACUAUGAAGAUAUAUCUAUAACUGGGCAGAGUCUCCCAGUAAAAACAUCUUACCACUUUAGUGCCAUACCAAUUUGCAGCUGAAGCUGUUUGGGCUCUCCAGCAUUUUCUUCAGUGGCAUAUAUAGAGUUGGCUUGAUCGCUUUAUCGGCGUAGGAUUCGUUCUGUUUCUGGUUUACGGAGGUCAUGGAAGUCUACUAAGCUCGAAUUCGGAGGCUGUGGGGUUAAUAACUGUGAUUUAUCUUUAUACAAGAUAUCAAUACUUGGAGGCUACUACUGUUAUGUGGUAGAAAUGGCCCAACUUGUUUUUAUGCUCCAGCCUUAAUCGUUAUAAUUAAGUGUUCUAAAUCGUUGGUUGUUGUACUAAAACAGUAUUAGCAUUAUGCGAGAGACCCAGAUACAUUUGUUACUUUCAUGGCUGUUUAAAAUACUUCUCAGGCAUAUGAUGAAAAAUCACGGAAGCAACAAUUGAAUCUUGGGCAACAUCUCCAAACUGGUACAGCAUUUCUUUAAUGAAGACUUCGAUAUGGUGAAGUAUUUAGAUUGUGAGUUUACGUGAAAUCUAAAUGCAAUUAUGACUAUGGCUUUGCUGA